GGACUGGGCUGGCUGCAGCCGCUCCCGAGUGGGAUUAAACUCGUCCCAGCUGACUCCAAUUUUUUUCCAGCGCCCUAGCUGUUGCAGGGCGGUUCUCCUCGCUCGCGGUGAUCAGGAGCAGCUGGAGGUGCUGACUAUGAAGGUAUCAGUACAGGCUGUGGCAGUGUGGGGAAAAAUAGCUCCUUCUCACAGCAUCACUGCUAUUAUGAUUACAGAUGACCAGCAGACUAUAGUUACGGGAAGUCAAGAAGGACAAAUAUGCCUCUGGGAUCUUUCAUCAGAAUUAAAGAUUUCAUCUAAAGAAAUUCUCUUUGGCCACACUGCUUCUGUAACUUGCUUGGCAAAAGCAAGGGAAUUUGAGAAACAACCAUGUGUAGUAAGUGCUACUGAAAAUGGGGAGAUGUGUGUUUGGAAUGUCAGUAAUGGACAGUGCAUUGGGAAUGCAAAGCUUCCUUACCGGCAUACAGCAAUCUGUUAUUACCAUUGUUCAUUCCGAAUGACAGGUGAAGGCUGGCUUCUUUGUUGUGGAGAAUACCAAGAUGUUCUUAUUAUUGAUGCUAAGACUUUGGAUGUUAUUCACACUUUAUCAUCAUCUCAGUCUCCUGAUUGGAUAAAUUGUAUGUGUAUUGUACACUCUGCAAGAAUUCAAGAAGACUCAUUGGUUGCAGUGUCUGUAGCUGGAGUUCUUCAAGUGUGGGACCUGUCUUCGUCUUUGAAUAGCAUACAGGAGAGACAAAGUGUGUGCGAGAAGGAAUCAAAGUCUCUGGACUUCAUAAAUUGUCAAGCAGUACGAUUCUGUACUUACACAGAAAGGCUCCUUCUAGUUGUGUCUUCCACAUGCUGGCAGGUCUAUGAUUAUUGUGAUUUCUCAUUGCUUUGUACUGAGUUCUGCAAAAGUGGUCAGUGCUUUGCUGGUGGUGAAGUACUAGCAGCUUACAGACUUAUCAUCUGGACAGAAGAUGGCCACAGUUACAUCUACCAGCUGCUAAACAGUGGACUUUCUAAAAGCAUGUAUCCUGCUGAUGGGAAGGUGCUGAGGGAAACUGUUUAUCCUCAUUUACUCUGCUUUACUACUGUGAAAGAAAAUAAGAGUUUACCUUUUGUUAUGGGCUUCAUGAAUGAAAGAAAGGAGCCUUUCUAUAAGGUUCUUUAUUCUGGUGAAGCUUCAGGAAGGAUCACUUUGUGGCAUGUUCCUGAUGUCCCUGUGUCAACAUGUGAUGGUUCACCAAAAGAGAUCCCAAUUACAUCAACACAGACUCUUCAGGAUAAUUUUGAUAAACAUCCCUCAAUGUCUGAGGACAUUUUUGAUCAUCUUUGUGCACCUGAAGAUAGAGGCGCAGUUGUCAGUUCCUCUGUAUACAUACCCAGUCUCAAUAAACUUGUAUGUGGAUAUGAAAAUGGGAAAAUUGUAGUAACAGUAGGUUUAAAAGCUGCAAGAGCAAGACUUUUAGAAAACAUACCUUUGCUGAAAGACAAUCUGCCCUACAAGGUUCUGAAUGGUCAUAGUAGCAGAGUCACUUAUUUACUUUACCCACAUGAUAAAUCAGUAAGAUUUGAUCCAAGCUGGCUGUUAUCAGGUGGCCAGGAUUCUGUUGUGAUCUGCUGGGAUGUAUUUACUGGAGACAUCUUACACCAAUUCAGUCUGCAGUCUGGUCCAGUGACAGAGCUCUUAAGAUUUCCAGAAAACUACAGAUUAAAAGACCACAGCAUAGUGUGCUGUGUGUGCAGUGAUCACUCGGUAGCAAUUCUACACCUUCAGAGGAGAGUAUCUCUCUUACAUGCCAGAAAGCAUCUUUCCCCUGUGAAGAAGAUAAAAUUAGACCCUGUUGAAAAUCUGCUGAUCGUUGGAUGUGAAGAUGAUUCAGUUUAUAUUUGGGAAGUUGAAACAGGCACACUGGAGCGACAUGAAACAGGUGAAACAGCAAAAGCAAUUCUGGCUUCCAUUGAAGAUUCAGAAUACUUCGUGUCAGAUGCCCCACUUCCUGUAUCUCCAGAGUCAAAAAGAAAUAGAAAUGCCGGAUACAAACACUUUAGCUCUUACAAGCACGGUGUGAUCGCUUACAAUCUUACUCAUACAGAAAAGCCUUCAGAUAAGUUAACUGAUGUCAGCAAUGAGCAGCCCUUUACUAUUUUGCCAGUUAAUACAAAAUGGAACAAUGCAAACUUUCAUAUUCUCUUAUUUGAUCUGGAAAAACUUGAGGAACUUCUGCUGUCAUCUCAACUCAAUGGACUGAAGUCAUCGAAUUCAUUCCACAGCUUGGAAACUCUGGAAAGAGCCAAAAGUACCAUUGAAAAAAGGGUACUGACAAUAAAAAGAAAUAAAACUGCUGGCUCCAUAGCUCCGGUGGAUGGGCAAGUAGAUUCUGUUUGUUCAAACCAGGUCUGUAAGGAUAGUAAUGCAGCUAAGCCUCUGGAGGAAAGUGCUGGCAUGAAAAGACAGAAAAAAAUGAAGAGUUCAAGAAAGACUAGAAUGCAGACAUCAGGAAACAUUGACAUGAACAUCACCACGGAUACAGCUAAACUGUUUCUGUCAUGUCUCUUACCAUGGGGUGCAGAUAAAGAAAUAGAACAUCUUUGCGUUAGACACUUAAAUAUCUCGAGUCUUCGGUGUCCUGUUUCUUUUGGACUUGUGUCAAAUGAAACCCACCUCUCACUAAUGUUGCCUGGAUGGAAAUGUACUGAUUGUGAUGUGAUGGAAGAACAGGCAGCAAUCAACUUGUUUUCAAAAAGAGUGCUCGACUUAGCAAACAAGUACCUUGCUGCAACUGAAGGACAAAAUGGAAAGAAAGACAGACCUGAGAAUGAUGUUUAUGGAUUAAAGGAACUGGAAACAGUAUCCUUCUUAAUUAGCAGGAUAGCUUUAAUCAACAGGCUAAUUAACAUGCCUUCAUCAGUUACAGGUGAAAUUGAAAGUCCACAGAAAUUGGAAUCCAUACAUGACAAAUGGAGGAAUAUAGAAGCAAUAACACCUUCAUUCCCCAGUUUGUAUGAAGAAUUACCAAGCAGUAAAAGCAAGUAUCAUUCCUCAGACUUUGGGAGCAGUUCAUUGCUGAAACUCAUUUGUUGUUGGAGUGAACAAUCUAUUAAGAUUAGUGAGGCAAUGCAAGCAGUGCUGUUGGCAGAAGUUCAAAGGACGAUGAAUACCUUGAGAAAGACUGAGGUCUACAGAGAGCCAUUGGCCAUAGAGAAUGGAAAUGUCAGUGCACUGAAGCGUGACAACAGCUCAAACUCGGCAAACUUCCAAGACGUGGAGGAUGUGCCUGACAUAUGUGUCUUGGAAGAGCCUGAGAGUCCAGCAGCUGCAAUGUCAAAUUAAUGGUCACCUCCAGGGGUCACAGUGUGGAGCUGUUAUCCUUUCCUCUUUCAUCAAGAAUUCAGGUCUUAGAAAGGAUAAAGGCUUUAUAACCAAAAAGAAAGCUGACACUACUAGUUCAUUAUAAUCAGUUUUGGACUACACUGCUUACUUAAUGUACGUACCAUGCCUGACCCUUUGAAGGUAGAGUGAGAUGAUGAAAAAUUAGAAGGACUGUGUAUAUACUGCAGUUGAGUGUGGCAGCAGACAUUCAAACACUGUAUCUCUGAAGGGAAACAAAUUCAUGGCGUUGAAGAGCUUGAUUCUUUUCUUUCAAUCAGCUCACAAUCAUUAUUUCAGUUUAAUGGCUCUUAACAUUGAUUCAGCUAAAUACAGAAACAUCCAUAACGUUCAUCCUUUUUGGUGACUAAAAGAUUUAUCUUCAUAUGGUUUCAUUAUUUUUCUCGUUAUGGAACAUUUACAAAAUGUAUUAAAUGAAUUCCAAAGGGAAACAAUUAAAUACAAAGUGUAUCCAGUCACAGCCGAUUAAAAACACUCUGUGUGACUGCAUACUAAGAUCUUUCCAGCAAACUCUGGGCUUCACCUGCGUAGACCAUAUAUGUACCCUGCACCUAGUCCUCAUUAGUGAAAGAGUUAAAUACCUUUCUUCACUUGGUAUUUUCCUUCCCAGCUUUAUCUGGUUUCCGUGUACUCUCUCGCAUCUUUGUGUGCUGAUCCGUGUAUCAUAUUUUUGAUUCAUCGUCUCUGUGGCCUGUCAGCUUAGUUAAGAGAUUUCCAAGUCUUGCAGCCUGUGCUGACAGGGGGCAGCUGCCAACAGUCCCCUGAUCCUUCCCCAAGGAACGCUGCUGAGAUUUAAUUUUCAGUCAAAGGGUGCAGUCUGAAAUCCAUGUCAGGUCCCCUAAGUCAUCUCAGAACCCAGAUAGGACCCAUGUCUGGGGGAUUAUAUUUCACCACUCUCCACUCCUCCAGGAUUCCUUGGGAGUUCAACUGCUGUCAUAUACCUGAUUUGAACUACAUUCUCUUUUCAUCUUUUCCACAGAAGUGAACAGCAGUGCAUGUUAGAAUAAUUGAAACCAAUGAAUUGUAAAUCUAUAUUCAUUUCAAAGCCACACAGGCUUGGACUCAAUGCUGUACAGUAGAAACCAGCAUGAGAUUUAGAAAGAAAUAUCUAAUGUCCUCAGGAAGGAGACAGGUUUAAUUCCUUACUGCACCUACCAUCUGUGGUGCAUGGCACCUCCUUCAGAAAUUGCCUAUAGUCCCUUCAUCAAUGAUUGUGGGCAGAAAUACAGGUUGUCCAAGUUCUGAUGUCUUAUGAAGUAAGAAGGAAUUGAAACAAGGUGGUACUAAAGUGUUCUAGUGAGAAUCACUAUACUCUAAAGUAACGUUAGUUUUCACCUUCAAUUAUUUCUGUGUGGCAAGGUGUCCAGAUUUGGAUGGGAACUUGAAUAUCCAAUUCUGCACUCUGCAUGUCUGUAUGAAGAGAAGGAAUAAAAGCCUGUCAGGAGGUGGACAUUGACUGGCAAAAAUACAUGUUGAUAAAGCAUCUAAACUUAAAAACUGAGUUCCAUUCGGUCCAUCUGACAUCAUUAAACUAGUAAUAAACAAUGAA